GAAAAAAAGCUUGGCGAAGGAAAAUAGGUGGCUCGAGAACUUGACCGUAUACGCUUCUACACGGACUGAUUGCCUAACUACCGGAUUAUUUCACUGUUUGGACCUCCAUGAUGGAGGAAACCAAAAUAAUAUAUCAUAUUGACGACGAAGAUACUCCGUACUUAGUUAAACUGCCGAUUCCUUCUGACCAAGUCACUUUGGCGGAUUUUAAAAAUGUACUUAAUCGGCCAAAUUACAAGUUUUUCUUUAAAUCUAUGGACGAUGAUUUUGGUGUUGUAAAAGAAGAAAUUGUUGAUGAGGACACCAAACUUCCAUGUUUCAACGGCCGUGUUGUAUCUUGGUUGGUAGCGGCAGAAGGUAGUAGUAUAUCAGAUAGCACAUCACAAUGCACUGAAUCCCAGGCAGAUAUUCCAUUGGAACGGACAGGUGGAAUCGGAGAUUCCAGACCUCCAUCUUUUCAUGCUAAUGCAGCCGGAAGUUCAGAUAAAUUAGAUGACACAACAGAAACAGAAUCGGUUAGCAGUUCAAGAAGAGAUCGACCUCGAAGAAAAGACAGGCAUCAUGAUGAUUUACCUAGAAUCAAUGGACAUAAACAUCGGAGUAGCCACAGUGGCCAUGGUUACGAGAGUUCAUCCACCUUGAUGAGCAGUGAUAUAGAAACUACUAGCUACUUUGACUCAACAGAUGAUGACAGCAGUCGAUUUAGCAGUGCAACGGAACGCAGCGGUUCAUCUAGACUAAUGAGAAGCAGGCAUAAAAGGCGUAAAAGGAAACCACGCAUGCCUAGAGUCGCACGAACUUCAUCUUUUAGCAGCAUAACAGACUCCACAAUGUCACUGAAUAUUAUCACUGUAACACUCAAUUUGGAUAAAAUUAAUUUCUUGGGAAUAAGUAUAGUAGGACAAAGUAACAAAGGAGGGGAUGGAGGAAUUUAUGUCGGUUCUAUUAUGAAGGGGGGUGCUGUUGCAGCAGACGGUCGAAUUGAACCGGGUGACAUGAUUCUACAGGUACAAGACACAAGUUUUGAAAACUUAAAUAAUGACGAAGCCGUGCGGGUGUUGAGAGAAGCCGUGCAAACUCCUGGACCUAUAAAAUUGAUUGUUGCUAAAUGUUGGGAUCCAACUCCAAAAGGCUACUUUACAAUUCCCAGAAGUGAACCUGUCAGACCCAUCGACCCUGGUGCUUGGGUAGCUCACACAAAUGCAAUGAAACAUUUUCCUCACUCAGAAUAUGGACGUCCAGGCCCGAUGAGUCCGUCAAUGACAUCAAUGACGUCAACAAGCUCCUCAAUCACUAGUUCCAUACCAGAAUCAGAACGUAAGUAUCCAGGGAGUAGUGGAUCUAACCAUAGCCAAGAAAAAGAGCGACGUAGUCGUAAAGGCAGCUCAGGUCAAGGAAGUGGUAGUGAAUGCGAGAACUUACUUUCAAGAGGACGAACUUCCAGUCGAGAUGAACUACCACCUCCUCCUCCACCACCUCCUAGACAGCUUGGCAGUGUGCCAGAGGACAUUGCCGGUAGCCGACAAUCAUUUCGUAUGGCUAUGGGAAACCCAUGUGAAUUUUUUGUGGAUGUGAUGUGAAGUGAAUUGCAGUCGUCAUCAUUUCAUGAGUACAUAUGUUGUUCGUAUUGCCAGCAAGGCACCUCUGCACAAAACCAUGUUGAUGUAGUACAUAAAUAAUAUGGCUGGGUGGUACACUUGCAUGUUAGGAAUAAAAUGUAGCAACUUGAGGGGA